CCGGGGUACCGUAGACCGGAGGUCAGAAACACGGUGCCGAAGACCAGAGCCGCGGUACCGGAGACCGGAGAUCAGAGGCGCAGUACCGGAGGAGAAGCCUCGCUGUGGUCCAGGACUCGCUGAGGGAAGAAAAAAAACAACAGCGCACGAUUUGCGCAGUGAUGGAGGCUCCGGAUGUACAACAGGAGAAACUGCAAGGGGCAGCAGAGAGGAGGAGACAGACAGAGACAGAGGAGAAGAGGAGGCAGCUGGAGCAGUACCGGAGACACCUCCAGCACAUCAAGUCCGCCACGCUGCGGGAGCGCUGGCUGCUGGAGGGGGCGCCCCCUGCAGGCGGGGAGGAGGAGCGCCAGCUGGAGAGCAGCAUCAAGGUGGGCGGAGCUGACCUGACAGCGUUCUCAGACGGUGGGACGUUGCAGCCCUCAGACGGUGGGACGUUGCAGCCCUCAGACGGUGGGACGUUGCAGCCCUCAGACGGUGGGACGUUGCAGCCCUCAGACGGUGGGACGUUGCAGCCCUCAGACGGUGGGACGUUGCAGCCCUCAGACGGUGGGACGUUGCAGCCCUCUGACGGUGGGACGUUGCAGCCCUCAGACGGUGGGACGUUGCAGAGCUCUGACGGUUUGAAUCAGCGGCAAUCUUCUGCUCCUCCGGACUCUCUGUUGAAAGCAGCCAUGUACUCCGUAGAGAUCAGGGUGGAGCGGGACCGGGCGACCGGGAAGACCAGAGUCCUCUCCUCCAACACGCUGCUUCCUGUUGACCUCUCGCUCCACGGGGUCAAAGUCUACGAGGACCGGACCCGAGUGGUCCACGAGGUCAACGGGGAGAAUGAUGUUCAGCCACUGAGCUUCUUGGAGGUGGAGGAUCUCAUCCUGAAGGCCGACCAAGUGUCCAUGGAGCCCCGGCCCCCUGCCUCUGGGAUCCAAGAGGUCCCUCAGAAGUCUCGUCAGAAGUCUCGUCAGAAGUCUCGUCAGAAGCCUCGUCAGAAGGCUCGUCAGAGCCCGGUGGAGGCCAGGGGCCCCCAGCCGGAGGCAGAGCUGGCGGGGGCCAGUGAGGAGCACCCUGUGACCAUGGUGUUCAUGGGGUACCAGAGCGUGGAAGACCAGGACCAGACCAGCAGGGUCCUGGGGCUGGAGGGCACCGUGACGGCUGAGCUGGUCCUGAUAGAAGACAAUGAGGGGAGGACCCCCCCGGGGGCCAGCCCCCAGGGGCCGGAGGGCGAGCCCCUGGUGGGCGGGGCCUCGGUGGGCGGGGCCUCGGUGGGGGGGCUCUCGGUGGGGGGGCCCUCGAUGGGGGGGCCCUCGAUGGAGGGGCUCUCGGUGGGGGGGGCCUCCAAACAGACUGUGGAGCCAAAUGGCCGCAGCCUUUCCUCCAGCCUGCCCCACCCCAAGGCAGCAGAGGGAGGAGCCUCAGAGGGAGGAGCCUCAGAGGGAGGAGCCUCAGAGGGAGGAGCCUCAGAGGUCCACCAACAGGAGAGGGAGAAGCAGCCGUGCAAAUGCUGCAUCAUUAUGUGA